AUGACAAGACCUUUGAAGUUGUUAAUCCUACGUACGCGAACCAGAACCACGCAAUCCCUCAGUACUGAUACCCAGGACAGCACCGAGGAUGUCAUCGCCAACGUCUUUGAAGCCGGGACUGAGGACGUUGACUUGGCUGUAGCAGCCGCGCGACGAGCAUUCAAAGGCCCAUGGCGUACGACAACUCCCGAAGAUAGGGGAAAGUUGCUGCGCAAAGUAGCCGAUCUGAUUGAGAAGAACCUCGACCUGCUGGCCAAGGUUGAGACGCUCAACAACGGCAAGGCUCAGCAGUGGGCGAUCGGAGAUGUCAAGCACUGCGUUUCCGUCUUCAAUUACUAUGCAGGUUGGGCCGAUAAGAUGGAAGGUAAAUUGAUUGAUGUUGAUACAGAGCGCUUCAACUUCACCAAGCGCGAGCCGUUUGGCGUGUGUGGACUAAUCGUCCCAUGGAACGCACCUCUUGUCCUCAUGUCCUGGAAAAUAGCUCCAGCUCUUGCAACUGGCAACACCGUCGUUGUCAAAACCUCAGAGCUAACGCCACUGUCUGCUUUACUGCUAGCUGACUAUUUCAAGCAAGCGGGAGCCCCAGCCGGUAUCUUCAACGUCGUCUCUGGCUUCGGCGCCGUGGCCGGCGCCGCCCUUGCCUCUCACAUGGACGUUGCCAAGAUAUCAUUCACAGGCUCGACCACGACUGGGCGCGCUAUCAUGCAGGCUGCAGCCAAGUCCAAUCUUAAGCCGGUGACCCUCGAGCUGGGCGGUAAAGGCCCCAAUAUUGUGUUUGAUGAUGCAGACUUUGAUGCAGCUGUAGAGUGGGUUACAUUUGGCAUCUUCUAUAGCUCCGGGCAGGUCUGUUGCGCCGGCUCGCGCGUGUACGUGCAGGCUGGAAUUUACGACAGGUUCUUGGACGCGCUUAGGGCUAGGGUAGCCCUGAUUUCAGUGGGCGAUCCGUUCGACAUAAACACAUUCCACGGACCGCAGACCUCCAAGGCUCAGUUUGAUCGAAUUCUAGGAUACAUCAAGAGCGGUGUGGACGACGGCGCAAAGAUUGAGGCUGGUGGCUCUCGUUGGGGCGAAAAGGGCUUCUUUGUCCAGCCGACGAUCUUUUCCGGUGCCUCUCAGGAUAUGAAGAUCAUGCGCGACGAGAUCUUUGGGCCAGUAUGUGUUGUGUCCAAGUUUGAAACCCAAGAUGAGGUAGUCCAGGCUGCGAAUGCAACCUCGUAUGGCCUUGCCAGCGGAGUACAUACCAAGAACAUCGAUCGUGCUCUCAACGUGUCUAAUCUCCUCGAGACUGGCACCGUUUGGGUCAAUCAGGUUCGUGCUCUUCUCAACGCCUGUUCUUUGCUAACAUUUCUUCGCGCUAAGUAUAAUACUAUUCAUCACCAGCUUCCAUUUGGCGGAUACAAAGAAAGUGGAAUUGGUCGCGAGCUGGGAGCAGCUGUGUUGGAGAGCUACACGACCAUCAAGACAGUCUCUGUCCGGCUAUCAGGGACGCAGUGA